CAUACUGCAAUUGCACCAAAUAUUAUCAAUCCUUUUGUUUACUUUUGGCCUUUUGUUCUGACGAAUGAAAAGAAAAAAAUUCUUAUUAAAUAAUGGCAGUAGCAAGUCCCACUAAAAAUAUUUUUCCCACGUCCUUCAAUACAAUCUGUGUGGAGAGCUCAACAGAAAAGAUUGUUUUGAGGGCUAUGUUGCAAAAUGAAUCUGAUGCCAAUCAAUGGAAAGAAGAUUUUUGUGCUAUUAGUAGAUCUCAGUGGACAGUCCUUUACGAAAGGGAUAAUCUCGAGAGGUUUGUUGUUCACAAAAAAUGGUAUUGUCACUUCAGCAAGUUAAACAAGACUGAAAAUUCUACAAGGAGCACUGACUGCAAGGCUAAGCUUGAUAUCAAAAUUAAGCUGAAUACUAGAAAUACAAGAAACAAAGACAAAUACAUUAGGCCUGAUAAAAAUGGAAUUAGUAGACCUGCAGUGAUCACCAUCACAGGGGUGCACAAUCACCACCUUAGAAGUGCUGAUACGCUUCGACUGAACCGAGUUCCCAAAAGUCUCGAAGAUACUUUUAUGUCAUAUUUUGAUGAUGGUAAUACCCCAGCGCAAGCAAGGCGCUUGCACGAAGAUCUCCUCGUGUCCGCUGACGCAAUGGUUGAUUUGGCUGAUAAUGCACACAAUCCAACACGGCGGUGUGUGCAUCAUAUGCAUGAGAAGUGGAGUAAAAAAAACUUUGGAGGUCAAAGUGAUUCACCUUUAAUGAAAAUCAUUGAAAAGAACGAAAAUAACUACUAUUUAGAAAGAGACACCCAAGUUUAUGUGACGGUGAAGGAUGAAAAUUGGGCUGUUUUGGUCGUGACUCCAAUCAUGAAAAGGGUGCAACACUUAGAAUCUGCAAAAGAGAGUCUAUUCGUAGAUUCAACAUCAAGUGUUGAUGUGACCCACUGCACUUUAACCUCAAUGACUGUUCCCUCAAAAGCAGGGGCUCUUCCAUUGUGCCUGCUGCUUCACAAUGGCCAAUCAGAGGAUUGCUAUAAAUUAGCCUUUUCCCUGGUAAAAGAUCAUUGCCCAAAGGCAUUUGGAGGAAAUACGGAGCCCCUCACUACAAUGACUGAUGACAGUUCUGCUGAGAGAGGACCUCUUGCUGCUGUGUGGCCAUCAUCUCGCCAGCUAUUGUGCACUUUCCAUGUAUUAUCAAAGGAAUGGAAAUGGCUCCUAUCUAAUUCUACCAAGGAUGUGAGGAAAAAACUGAUGGGCCUAUUUUACAAAGUCGUUUAUGCUGCAAAUCAAGAGGAAUUUGACAAAGGAGUGGAUGAGAUCCAAAGUUUGAAGUCAGAAAAAAAAUUCGUUGCUCGGUUUGAACUACCUACCUAAAAAGAAAAAAUGAAUGGGCUAUUUACAAAAGGAGUGAUCUUCUAUUAAGAAACAACCACACCAACAACUAUGCAGAGUCCAGCAUCAAAAUUGUUAAAGAGGCUGUACUUGAUAGAAUGAAGGCAUUCAAUCCUGUGGCCUUGGUAGAAUUUGUAAUUGGGCCCAUGGAGUCUUACUACAAGCGGCGGCUCCUUGACCAUGCACAUAAUCGACACUCAGCCCACUCCAUUGUCUUCCACAAGUUACUAAGCAGGAUGGAAAAGAUCAAACCUGAAUCAAUCAAACAAAUUGAGGAGUUUGUUUUUUCUGUCCCAAGUGCUAACAGAAAUGGCACCUUUUAUGAAGUCCAUUCAAAGAUUGGUGUGUGCUCCUGUCCAGUUGGUGAGGGUGGUGCAUUCUGCAAACACCAAUCUCUGCUUGUUAAAUACUUCAACAUCUCCAUGCCCUCGGCUCCUCCACUUCUUAGUGGCGAUCGACUCGAACUUGCUCGCUUGGCCCUCGGCAGCAAAUGCCCUGACUUGAAAUUCUUUUUAGGCCGAACAGAAGUUGAUCCAACUGAAAAGGAGCCAAAUUUAGAUGUUGCUCAUUUUGUGUCGGAUGCACAAGUGGAAUUUGACGAAGAGCUUCACGCAUGCGAAAUUCAUAGUGAAGAACAAGACCUUGAUCCUUUUGAUGAGGCUGAGAAAGAAGAUUUGGUGAAUGAGUGCAAAGAUGCAUUUGCCAGCUUGAUCGAGUUGGCCAAAACUGAUGCAUCAAACGAAUUGCUAAGAAAGUUAAGUAAGGCUUUGAACAAACCGAAGAGUGCACCUGCUGCCACAGCUUCCAUUGUUGCCAUCUAUCGGCAGAUUGGUUCUGUCUGCUCACGAAGUGGACGAAUUCCCAUUCAGUCAAGUGGGCGAGCAAGAAGACGAAAGGGUGUUUCGAAAGGUGCUGCUCAAGUUCCACAAGGCCGUCCACCAAAAAUCAAGCAACACAAUACACCAGAGGUGCAGAAAUCCACAACAAACCAAGGCAAAAGAAAGGUGACUCCAUCUUUAGUCAGUCAGCCUAAGAGACAAAGAAAUUUAAGUCAAGCUGUUCGAGAAAAUGUAGCAAACGCCAAAUCACACUAGUUUAAUAAAUAG